AUGGAAUUCGACAAAGUUCGAGUAUUCUGCUUUUGGGCUAUUAUUGUCACGAUGUCCUUGCUUCAUCCACAACACCAUGUUGAUUAUUCACAGACACUUCACGGCUACAAUAUCUUAGAAAAAGAGAUAGUUCUCCAUUUUCAAUUGCAAGACAGUACUCCAGGCGGCAACAACCCAAGCGCAGUGAAGGUCGUCCAACCGAACAACAACAAUGCUACAAACAACACUUCUACAACACCGUUUGACACCGUAUGGUUCGUGGGUGACUCUUUGACUGAAGGUCCAGAGCCAACGUCGAAGGUGAUCGGAAAUUCUAAAGGUGUUUAUGUGUCGGCUAGAGAUCUUUGUAUUCAUUUCAACAAAGGUAAAGCAAAUGUGCAGCUGACUUUUCCUCAACUAGGUUUUCAAUUUGAGGAGGCUUCUUCAUCGGGAAAAAUUUAUGACUUAAGAUCCAGAGAUUUAUAG